AGCUCAACAACAACAGUCAGUAACACUCCUGAAGUUUCUACGUAUUCUUCAUGUCAGAGACACUCAUCUUUUACUCAGUCCGUAUGUCUCUAAAAGGAUUUGGCAACAGAGUCUUGAUUUAAUUGUUGGAAAUGGACUCUUUUGUGAAAGAGGGGAUGUACACCUGUGCUUCCUCACACCUAACACUGCUCACUUUACAUCGAGAGCUGCUGGUGGAUCAGGUGAAGAACACACAGUGUAUUCUGGACAACCUGCUGCUGAACGGCUUCAUCUGCACUGAAGAUAUAGAGAUCAUACAACGCAGCACCACCAAAACUGACCAGAUGAAAAGAUCUAAAACAGACACCCACCUGCAGGUACGCAAGAUCUUGGAGCUGGUGCAGAGUAAAGGAGAGGAGUGUUCUGCAUACUUCAUACACAUACUUCAUGAAGCAUACGAUGCUUAUAUUGACCUGCGGCCUUGGUUCAGUGAUAUUCAGUACACACCAUUAGACAAUAUAAGCAUUAUACCAGUGAUUAACACAGACCCAAUUAGCAAAUACUGUGAGAAGCUCCGAAAUGAGCUGGGAAGAGACACUCAGUUCAUCAUGUCCUACUCGAAGAGCGACGAAACGCCACUGGAAGAUCUUUACACGGACACACAGAUGGAAAUCUUGAGCAGCAGGGAUGAGAGUCUGGGCUACUUACAGAGUCUGGAUGAACUUCUAGAAGACCAGGGGGUCUUCAACCAGCAGGCUGAGACCAUCUUCAUCAUCGGUGAUGCUGGUGUAGGCAAAUCAAUUGUUCUUCAGAAACUGCAGAACUUGUGGUCCAGACGGGAGCUGAGCACUCGUGCCAAGUUCUUCUUCAAAUUCAGGUGCAGGAUGUUCAGUGCCUUCAAGGAGUCGUAUGAGAUCUCGUUGAAGGACUUGAUCUUCAAGCACAAUUGCUAUCCUGAUGGAGACCCUGAUAAUGAGGUCUUUAACUUCAUCUUACGAUUCCCCGAGACAGUACUUUUCACGUUUGAUGGAUAUGAUGAAAUCCAAAUGGAUUUUGACCUGGACAGUGCUCCCGAAGCGGUUUCCCCUGAAGAAAAGACGAGCCCUCUUCUGCUUCUGAUGAAUUUGCUGUGUGGAAAAUUGCUCAAGGGUUCUCGGAAGAUCCUAACUGCACGAACUGGCACGGAGGUCCCAAGCAGAGUGUUGAGGAAGAAGGUGUGUUUGAGGGGAUUUACACCUGAACAUCUGAAGAGAUACACAUCUCUACUCUUUCCCGAGCAGGAAUACAGGAGGCUGGUGAACGAGCAGCUUGAUGCCAACCCUCACCUGUCGAGUCUCUGCUCCAUCCCGUUGUUCAGUUGGAUCAUCCUCAAGAGCUUCAAACAUCUCCGCUCUGUAUACGAUGACUUCGAGUUACCGGACUCUUGCAUCACCCUCACAAAUGUCUUCUUGCUUCUUUCAGAAGUCUUCUUGGGCCACUCAACGGCCCGUCCUGGACUUCUGAAAUGGAGCAUGAGGUGUCCUGCGGAGACCUUCAAAAGUGGCAAGCAGAAGCUUUUGGCCUUCGCUAAACUCGCUCUACAAUGUCUUGAAAGGGGCGGAUUUGUGUUCAGCAUGGAGGAGGUGUUGUCAUGCGGAUUAGAUGAAAAGGACCUGCAGUUUGGCUUUCUGAGACCUGUUUGCCAUUACGAUGGAUGUGGAGGCUCGGCUACCUUUGAGUUUCUUCAUGUGACCCUACAGGCCUUCUUAGCAGCUUUUUCUCUGGUUCUGGACUCAAAAAUCCCUCCAGAUACGAUUCUGAGGUUCUUUUCAAAAUGUGAAUACAAGAAGUCGUCUUCCUGUUUAUCCUGUCUGGGAAAGUCAAAACUCAGAGACAAGGACCCUUUCCAGACCAAUGAGCACUUUCAGUUCACCAACUUAUUUUUAUGUGGUCUCUUGUCCAAACCCAACUCUUCACUCCUGGAACACCUUGUUCCACCAAUUUUGUUGAAGCAAAAGUGCAAGGUGCUCAAGACGUACCUGUCGAACAGCGUGAGGUCUCAUCUUAAGGGUCUACCCUGUUCCAAAGCCACAGACGUGGAGGGCGUUAAAGUGCAUGCAAUGCCAAAUUUCUUGUGGAUGCUUCGGUGCAUAUUUGAGACGAACAGUGAGGAAGUAGCCAAGAUGACCGCCAAUGGCAUAUCGGCAGAUUACAUCAAGAUUGCGUUCUGUAACAUCUACUCGGCGGACUGCAGUGCUUUGAACUUUGUACUCCAUCACCGUAAGAAGCACCUGGGAGUCGACAUGGACAAUAAUAACAUUAACGAUUAUGGCGUGAAGCAACUGAGACCGUCUUUCAGCAAAAUGACUGUAGUAAGAUUGUGUGUGAAUCAGCUGACGGACAGCAGUAUUGAAGUUCUGGCAGAGGAACUCAUCAGACACAAAGCUGUCAAGGUGUUGGGCCUUUACAAGAAUCACAUCACAGAUGUCGGAGCCAAACUGGUAGCAAAGAUCAUUGAAGAAUGCCCACGCUUGAAGACUGUCAAGCUUGGCUGCAACCAAAUCACCAGUGUGGGUGGGAAGCAUCUUGCUAGCGCUAUUCACAAGAGCAAAUCUAUCUUUGAUGUAGGAAUGUGGGGUAACUUAAUUGGUGAUGAGGGGGCCGAAGCUUUUGCGGACGCAUUGAGGAAUCAUCCCAGUCUCACCAACCUCAGUCUCUCUGCCAAUGGCAUCACAUCUCAUGGUGGCAGAAGUUUGGCAAAUGCACUGAAGGACAACACAAGCCUUAAAAUCUUCUGGUUGAUACAGAACAGAAUCGGUGAUGACGCAGCGUCAGAUCUCGCUGAUGCAUUCAGGUCAAACUCUUCUCUGACCCAUGUGAUGCUAAUAGAAAACGAGCUGACUGUUCAUGGAGCCAAACAGCUCGUGGAAGCCCUGACCAACAACACGACACUGAAGGAAAUCAAUAUUAAAGGAAACCAGAUCUGUGAAGAAGAAGAAAAACUCUUCGCGGUCGAAGAGAGGCUUCGCUUUUGCUAAGAAGGAAAACAGAACGCACGUGGUUUCUGUGAGGAAAUGUUGUGCAACACCACAGAUGUUGAUGUAGCCUACAUUAGGCACAAAACAGCCAACAUUCAUUAAGCUGCUUUAUUACAAGUUUAUAUAUUUUUUUGCAUUAUUAUCAUUUCAGCCAAACAAUCCAAAUAGUGUUCAAAAUGUUUAAAGUAGAAAACAGUAAAAAUCUAGUUUAUAAAAAAAAACCUUUUACGCUGUUUUUGCAACUUACGAGAAACGUUAUUAAAACAUCUGUCUUAACACUUUUAUAAGAGUCGCGAGACAAAGGAUCGUCUAAUGAUACGUUAUUGAAAGCUCUUUCAACAUUUAAUCACAUGCAUGAAUGAUAUCUAUAAUAAAAUGUAAAAAAAAAAAUUAAAAUGUGAAAAUGCAAUUUUAUCUCAGUAAUUCAGUUUUUACUAGUAAAAAAGUUCAUUCUUGAUAUAAAAAAUACGUAAUUACUCAGAAAUAUACAUUUUUUAUAUCAAAAACAGAAUUUCAACUAGUAAAAGCUGCAAUUAUUUAUAACUAUAACUGCAUUUUCACAACCACAAUUAAAUCUAUAAUUUCUUAGUAAUAGAAAUUCCAGUUUCACGUUUCAGCUGUACGUCUUUUUCACAUAAGAUUCAUACAUGAUCAUUUCUGAUAUCAAUAAUGACAUUAUUUCCAGAACAAAUAUUCAUUCCUAAUAAACAACUUAAUUACAAAUAUUGAAAAUGUUAAUUUCUAAUAUCUGAACAUUUAUAUCAACGUGUUACAUUUGGUAUUCCAGAUAACUGAAAAUGUCGGCAAACGGCAGUGCAGAGAUCUUUAAAAUCCUGCACAUGAUCAAAUGUCGAAAGGGUUGCGAUAGACACGCUCUUCAGGAAACCUUACUGGCUAAAUGAAAAAUGCAUUAAAGUUAUUGUGAAUAUAUCAUGAAUAUCACCCAGCCCUAAAUCACACACACGCACGCACACACACACACACACAGACUCACACACACACAAUUACAAACACAGACUCACACACACACACACACACACACACAAAUACACACACACACACACACACACAAAAACACACACACACACACACACACAAAAACACACACAAAUACAAACACACAGACUCACACACACACACUCACACAAACACACACACACACACACACAAAUACAAACACACACACAAAUACACACAAAAAUACACACACACAAACACAAAUACAAACACAGACUCACACACACACACCCACACAAAUACAAACACACAGACUCACACACAAAUACAAACACACAGACUCAAACACACACACACACACACUCACACAAAUACAA